UAGCCUUGUCACGAACCAUUGCGACUGGAGGUGUCUCCUAUACUCGUGCCGGCGUACUACGCGGAGAAGCCUCGCUAUUUAACCUGCCUGCAGUAGAUCCCAAACUUACUGAACACGUAACAGUUUGCCGAGUGUUUGAAAACCAACGACAAAACCACCAGACAGCGAGACGCGAGGGAUCGAAGGGAAAAAGAGGACCGACUGCCUCGAAAGUUUCAUGUGUUACGACGCACAACAAGAUGAGGCUGACGCAAAGGUGUCUCGGGAACAUCAGCAAGAUGCUGGAUUUUUACUCACAGUUCAAUCCUUCGCCGCUUUCGAUAAAACAGUUCAUCGAUUUCGGUCUAAGUGCCUGUGAAAGGAAGUCCUUUAUAUUCUUAAGGAAGGAGCUGCCAGUCCGACUGGCCAAUAUUAUGAAAGAGAUCCAUCUGCUGCCGGACAACUUACUGAAAAUGCCUAGUGUGGGUAUAGUUAAUAAUUUAUACGCCGCUUCGUUCGAGGAUAUCAUGCAGUUCGAGAAGGUUGAAGUCAGCGAGACCACUUUAGACAAGUUCUGUCAAACUUUGGUGAAAAUUCGAAACAGGCACAAGGAUAUCGUUCAAACGAUGGCGCACGGUGUUCUGGAACUGAAAGAAUGCCACGACGUCGAUGUACAAACGGAGAACAACAUUCAGUAUUUCUUGGACAGAUUUCUCAUGUCUCGAAUCUCCAUUCGUAUGCUGAUCAAUCAACACACCCUUCUAUUUGGCAGUGAACUGAACGGGCACAGUAGACACGUGGGAUCCAUAGACCCGUCGUGCGACAUUAUCAGCGUUGUGAAAGACGCAUACGAGAAAGCGAGGCUACUCUGCGAUCAAUAUUAUCUAGCCAGCCCGGAACUUUUAGUCGAGCAACAUAACGAUUUCGAGCGGUGCAGCGAAAUUAGAAUAGUUUACGUACCGAGCCAUUUGUUCCACAUACUGUUCGAGCUGUUCAAGAACAGCAUGAGAGCAGUGAUGGAGCACUAUAAUAACUCCGAUUCGGACUAUCCGUCUAUAGCAGUGAUCGUUUCGCGUGGUAAAGAGGACAUUUGCGUCAAGAUGUCGGAUCGAGGUGGUGGCAUUCCUCGCUCCCAAAUGGACCAUUUGUUCAAGUAUAUGUACAGUACGGCACCUAGGCCAACGCAAAUCGACGCUCAUACUGUUCCACUGGCUGGUUAUGGUUACGGUCUUCCAGUGUCACGAUUAUACGCCAGAUAUUUCCACGGUGACCUCGUCCUCCAGAGUUGCGACGGUUAUGGAACCGACGCCAUCGUCUACCUCAAGGCUUUGUCGAACGAAGCCAACGAGCUGUUACCGAUCUUCAAUAAAACUUCCUCCAAGUUCUAUCGAACCGCCGUGUCGAACACCGACUGGAGCAGUCAAUGUGGAAGCGGCAUGAACACCAGGCAAUUGCGUAUGAGCAACGAUCAGGGACACAAAUUACCUCGUGGAAUGGAGGUCAGGAAUUGCUAGCGAAAUUCCAAACGAUGGACCAAAGAUUAAAGGAAGUAAGUAUGCUGAGUUUGGAGAUGCUUCUCGCGGAAGUCGCAGACGUACACACUUUGGAAGAUAUUUUAAAUGUUCGAAUAUCGUAGCUGUAUGUCUAUUAAAUUUCCGGUGUUCGCUUUGGAACAUUCCUCGCUGUAUAAUUUUAAAUGUUUCGAUUAUUAUAGACACGCGGUGUUUCACGUAAUUUCAUGUGUGAUUACAUUACAAAAAGGAAAAACAAAAAGAAAACGAAAAGCAAAAAAAAAAUGAAUAGAAGCACUCGUCUAUGUGUUUACCGAACUUUCUGAUGGAAAAUUGUUCGAGAAUAUUUCACUAUUCCAAAGUGUCGAAUUCCAAGCGGUGAUUCAGUUGGAUUAAACAAAGCGUUAGCAAAAUUCUUUUCGACGGUAGUAACGCUCUGAAUGUCUGCUAAAUUUCCAACAUGUGUUUUCGCGUUCUGUACCGAAAUCAUUCUUAGUGUUUCAGUGUUUCCUUUUUAAAGAGGUGUUUCGCUAACGAGCACCGAUCUCGAUCGACGGAACGUCGAACUGUGACAGAUUGUUGUAUCGGGGCAACUGCUUUCGCUGUUGUAGGCGGCUUGGAACUAGCCUUGCGACUUUCGUGUCACGAAUACGUAGAAAAACUAGCGGUGAUCCACGAUCUAGACACAAUUCUUGCGCGAUCGUUGGUCCUAGCGAAGAAAAAUUAUAGUCGAUUUGACCGCGGCUGAAACAAACGCGGUUACGACACCUACAUAUCACGAUAAUUGAAAAAUUCGACUGCUCUUCUUCCCUGUAUUUCUUCUUUUUCUUUUUUCUACGUUAUUUUCUCUGUCCGUCACGCGUGCCUGAUAUAGUUAAAGAGAAGUGAUGAAACGUA